AUAAGUUCAAAUUUGGACGUCAAACUGUGUUGUUUCACGGACAACGACGGGCACUGCAUAACGUUGUAUUAUGGCAGCUUAAUGCCAUGAAUGCUGUCGAGAUGUUAAAGCAGAAGGUAUGGAGCUUCAGAGGGCCACCUCGUCGCCCAACACCAAGCUUAAUUGCUGGGCGGUGGCCCCGAGCUUGGUCAUUUCGAGUUUCACGCGCAUCCGGUUGGCUUUCAAGUUGAACUCGGCUUCUUUGGUCUGCGCCAGCAUGAGUCGUUGCUUGAGUUCGAACUCGCGCUCGGAGCGUUCUUCCCGAUGGCGCUCGAUGGCGAGUCGUUGGGAUUCCAGGUCGUAGCGCAGCUCGAUGUCCAAACGCCGAAGUUCCAACGUUUCGCGCUCGGCGUUGGUGAUAUCCUCGUCGUACUGCUUGGGCGGGAGCAAGCUUGCGACGUUGACCCGAGGCAGCUCCAGCGACUCGAUCGACGGCUGGUACGGCGAUGGUCGCGCACGUUUCCGCGACACGGCCGGUGGAGUUGCUUGCACGUUGUUAGUGGUAGCUCCAACCUCCAGCUUGGCCUUCUCCUUCUUCUCAAUGCCGGCUUGGGCGUCAACGUGGUCGUUCCAGACAACUGGAUGGCGAUUCUUGAUGUGCAGCGUGCCGUUGGACGGGUUCUGCUUGACGAGGUUGAUCAAGCAGUCUUGCCACGGCACGUUCUCCUCAAUACACUUGAUGCACACGUAGAAGCACAUCUUUUGUCGCUUGUUCAGUUGCGGCGUCUUUAGCUUGUAGAUGACCGACCACACAUACGACGGCUUGUCGACCUUGAAGUACUCCUGGCUGAUGUGUUGGGAGUGCUGGGGCUGCGGGUGCUCUUGGCUGCUGGGAUCCAAGUCGUCGUCGUCAUCGUACUGCCCGGGCGCUUCGAAUGGCACGUCGGCGGGGAAUUGACUCAUUUCAAAAUUGCA